AUGCCCGAGAAAAAUAUCACUAAUUACCUAAAACAUUAUGGUUUUUUUAUUUCUAAUGCGGAAAUUUAUGGCUGUGAUAGUCAAAUAAUUACCCAUCCUCAAGUUUUAGAAGCCUCCGUCAAAGAAAAUUACUUGAUAAAAGAUAAUUGUUCCAAUUGUGGAAAGAAUAAGUUUUGUCCUCCUCACCAAUUCAACCUACUCUUGACCACCAACUUAGAAAUUACCGACGGAAAAGAAAAUGUAGCCUAUUUACGACCAGAAACUUGCCAAGGAAUAUUUAUUAAUUUUGCGGCUAUCCAAAGAAGCACCCGCCGGCAACUACCUUUUGGUAUCGGUCAAAUUGGUAAAAGUUUUCGCAAUGAAAUCACGCUUCACCAUGGAAUUUUCCGGACCCGUGAAUUUGAACAGUUAGAAUUAGAAUUUUUCUGCCCAAGCGAGGAAAGAGAAUUGUGCAGCAAUAUUCAUCGCGGAAAUUAUGACUUAUCCCAACACAGCCAAAAUUCUGGGGAAGAUUUUCGGGUUAAUGGCAUUAUUCCUGAAGUAGUGGAAAGCUCCUUUGGAGUAGAAAGAUUAAUGUUAGCAACUUUGGAAGAUGCUUACCAAAAAGAAACGGUAACUAGUUCUCAAUUAACUCGCGAGGUUUUGAAACUUCAUCCUCUUUUAGCUCCUUAUUUUGUAGCCGUAAUUCCCGUGAAAAAUUCUUUACGAGAAAAGUCCUACCAGCUAUAUUGUGAAUUGCUAAAAAAUCCAUUUUUUUCGGUUGCUUAUGAAGAGACCGGUAAUAUUGGCAAUCGCUAUCGUCGCCAAGAUGCGAUUGGCACUUAUUAUUGUCUAACGGUAGAUGAUGAAACUACUAACAAGCAUCUUCCAAAUAGCGGGCUUAACCCUGAUUAUAACACCAUUACCCUUCGUCAUCGCGACACUAUGAAACAAGAAGAAAAAAGGAUAAAUAUCAACGACCUUAAAACUUAUUUAAAUAAUCAAUAUGAAAAAUACCAAGAAAAAUUCACGGAAAAUAUCGUCAGUUAUAAUGAAAGAAAUAUUCAAGAAAAGGAAUAUAUAGCUAAAGAAUUAAAACACAACAUUACCUUAAAACCAAAAACUAGGGCAAAAUUUAAGCAAGUAUUAAAAGAAAUAAAAAUAGAUCAAGAAAUAGAUCAAGAAACUUUAGAAAAAAAAGAUGACCAAGAAAGGGAAAAAAUUACUCGUAAAAUUUUACUAAUACAAAGGCAACUUAAUAGACUUAAAAACUCAAUUAAAGAUCCAAAAAAAAUUGAAACGGAAGCAAAGAAUUGCCUAAAAGCACAAAAGGAAUGGCUUAAAGAAUUUUAUCCUUUUGGUCUUGAAGAAAAACUUCCGGAACAAGAUUUACAGGAAAAAUCCGAGGAAGAUAAAGAAAUAAGGUUAAAGCUUGAUAAUUGCAUGAAAAUUUUCUAUAAUAAUUUUAUUCAUCAGGAAAAUUUAUCUGAGCCAACAAUUAUCCAACUAGCAAGAAAUGAUAAAGGAGAAGAUCUGCCUUCCGACAUCUCACCAGAAUACAUUGCGCAAGAAACUAAAGAAGGAACUACAACUGCUGGUUUAACCAUUUAUGAUGGCUCGGUACCACUUGAAAAAGACGAUAUGCACAA